CGGGGAGCGCAGCUCGGGGCUCAACAGCUUGUUGUUCGUGUAUCGCUUUGCAGCUCGACCGAGAGAGGAAGCAGCCGAGGAGGUGAAUUGCUCUGAAAUAUUGGAGCUGGACUCCCUUUAACAGCCGGAGAGAUGAAGGCAGCAGAUGAGCCUCCCUACCUGACUGUGGGGACAGAUGUCAGUGCCAAGUACAGAGGAGCUUUCUGUGAAGCCAAAAUCAAGACUGUUAAACGCAUGGUCAAGGUGAAGGUGACUCUGAAAGGGGAUAGCACGUCCCAGGUGGUGCAGGAUGACCAGGUCAAAGGACAUCUGAGGGUGGGCUCCACCGUCGAGGUGAAGACCAACGAGGGUCUCUGCAGCGAGGCAGUCAUCGGCAAGCUAACGGACGCCAGCCUCUACACUGUCGUGUUUGAUGACGGGGAUGAGAAGACUCUUCGCCGUACGUCACUCUGUCUGAAGGGAGAGAGGCAUUUUGCAGAGAGCGAGACGCUGGACCAGCUGCCGCUGACGAACCCAGAGCACUUUGGCACCCCGGUCAUUGGCAAGAAGUCCAACCGCGGCGGGCGGCGCUCAACCCAGGCUGUACCCGACGAGGAGAACGAGACGUCAUCCAGCGAAGAAGAAGAGGAAGAUGGGAAGAGAGUCAUCGAUGUCCUGAUGGGACAAGUCUGCAGCAUCGAGAACUUGGAGGAGUUCGGCACCUGGUUCAUGGCUCUGGUGGUGUCUUCCAGCUGUAACGAUGAGCUGACGGUGAAGAAGGACCAGUGCCUGGCCAGGUCGUUCUCCGAUGGAAAGUUUUACAUUGUAGCAAGGAGACACGUCCACAUCGUCAACUCCAUGACGCUCAACAAGCCUGAAUUCUUCAGCAGGAGAGGUUUUGAAGAAGCCCAGAUGUUCCUGAAGAAUGGAGAUGUUCCAGAUGUGUGGAAGAUGGACAUGAGUCAGAUCCUUGAUUCAUCCUCCAGCGAAGAUGAUGGAGAUGAAAAGGAAAGUGAGGAAGAGGAGGAAGAUGAUGAAGAGAAGAAGAAGAAGCACAUAAAGGACGAGCCGGAAGAGGAGGCAGAUCCUGAAGAGAGGGACAACUUCCUUCAGCAGCUGUACAAAUUCAUGGAGGACCGAGGAACGCCCAUCAACAAGCCUCCAGUUCUGGGCUACAAAGACCUCAACCUCUUCAAGCUCUUCAGGCUGGUUUAUCACCUGGGAGGCUGCCACAAGAUCGAGUCUGGGACCGUCUGGAAGCAGGUCUACAUGGAUCUGGGCAUCCCUGUACUCAACUCUGCUGCGUCCUACAACGUCAAGACGGCCUACCGGAAGUAUCUGUAUGGUUUUGAGGAGUACUGCCGUGCCGCCUGCAUCACCUUCAGGACCAUCCAUCACAACAACCCCCUUCCCAGCGCCGGGCUGGCCAAUCACAAGAAAGCAAAAGCAGAGUCCUCCACACCGCCGGUGAGGGUGGAGCCUGUUGAUGACAAGAGGGAGGAGGCUUAUUCAGAGACGGAGAGUGAGGAGAUGAAGGACAGACAGUCGUCCCCGAGGGGGAGGAGGAGGUGCGUGGGGAGUCGGGUGAAGCUGUCCUCCAGACCAGAGAGUGCAGGACGAGGAGCGGAGAACAGUGAGGAGCAGCAGAGGGAUGCGAGGAGACGCAGCAACAGAAGAAUGGAUGACUCGGAGAAAGGCUCUGAAGAUGAAGACGACGACGAUGAUGAGGAGGAGGAGGACGACGAAGAAGAAGAAGAGGAGGAAGACGACGAAGAUGAGGAAGAUGAGGAAGGGGAGGAGGCAGCGGCAAGGAGAGGAGACAGGAACGAGGAAGAGGAGGAUGGAGACUCUGUGGCCGGUACGAAGGUCAGGGUGAAGUAUGGCAGAGGAAAGACGCAGAAGAUCUACGAGGCUCACAUCAAGAAAACGGAUGUGGACAACGGGGAGCAGUUCUACCUGGUCCACUACUACGGCUGGAACGUCAGGUAUGAUGAGUGGGUAAAGGCUGACCGCAUCAUUUGGCCUGCAGAAAAGGGAUCAAAGAAGAGGCAGAAGAAGAAGGUGAAGAACAAAGACAAGGAUGAACCAGACAAGGAGAGAGAGAAGGACGAAGAGAAGCCUGCAUCAACGACGCCGGGCAAGUCCCCAGGCAUGAAGCGAGGUCGUCCUCAGAUCAGGACCACGCCCACCGCCCGCAGCGGCUCCAAGGCCCCCAGUACUGAGUCCCAGUCCAACGGCAGGAACGGCAAAAUGGACGCAGUGUCCGGCAUAGCAAACGGAGAUGACACUCCUCGCAGGAGAACCAGGAGAACGUCCGGCAUGUACGACUCGGACCGAGUGUCCAACGGGGAUUCUGGGAACUCCUCAGAUGACAGCGAAUCAGAGGACAGGCCUGACAAAAAGCCAUCGCCGUGGCGAGGGAGGCCUGACCCCCACCCGGAGGAGGAGCCAGAAGAGGAGGAGGAGGAGGAGGAUGUCGAGGAUGAAGAAGAAGAAGAGGAGGAAGAGGAGGAGGAGGAAGAAGAAGAGAAGAGGGCGUUUUCUGACAUCAAACCACCUGUUGACAACAGCGUGGUUGCCGCAGCAACACCUGCUCAGCUGCCAGCAGCUGUCAUAGCUCUCUGUCCCAGCAUGCUUCAGGAGAAAGCUGACAAAGUCCUGAGCCAAUCAGAGAGGAAGGAGGUGGGGCUGGGGGCGGAGCCUGUGGGGGAAGCCUCCAUGUCGGCGCCUAACUCUGAGAACAAGGUGUGUGCGGUGAUGAGGACGCCCCCCGUCCCGGAGAAGAGCAAGACGUCCCCCCUGCAGGAGGUGCAGACCACCCCCCCCAGCAGGGUGAUGCUGCCCUCCAGGUUGACCCCCCCCGGCCGGACGCCCCCUCGGCCAGAGCCGCAGACACCGGCAUCCUCGUCGGCCUCCACCACCGAGGACGAAGGCUCCGCCUCCCUGUCCUCCCCCAGACUCAAAGCCCGCAGGACCAACCUCAGGGAGGCGGGCUCCGACACCCCCAGCCCCGCCCCCAGCCCCUCGCAGACCGCGCUGCUGCUGACCCCCCCCUGCAGCCUCCUCAAGAGGCAGGAGGAGCCCAUGGUGGUCCUCCACUGCCUCCCCACCCAGCACCUGCCCCCCAAGUCUCCGGUCAACAACUCGGACACGGAUUCGGCCACGGAGGAGGAGGGCGAGGACGCCCCGGAGGGCGGCAGCGCGCUGCUGAAGCGCAAGGCAGCGGAGCAGAGGGGAGCGGAGAAGAAGCUGUGCCCCGACCGGAGGCUGGAGGGGACCCCCCCCUCGAAAAGCCUCCCCUCACCGCUGCAUCCAGACAGACGGAGUGACGGAGCCAAGGUGGAGGAAAGGCCCCGCCCUGUGGAGGAGGAGCAGAAGGAGGAGUCGCGGGAACCAGAAGAGCGUGCUGAAACGCCGCCCCCUCCUCCAGAGCCCCCCACUCCGGACCCCGCCCCCACCGAGGAGCUGGAGCCUCAGAUCGGACCCGAGGCGCUGGUCUGCCACGAGGUGGACCUGGACGACCCGGAGGAGAAGGAGAAGCCCCCCUCCUCGUCUGAGCACCUGCCCCUGCUGAUCAGAGAGCCGCCGGUGGCUCCGCCCCUGCUGCCCCACCUCGUACACGCCGCCCUCCCCUCCCUCCACCCCGCCCUGCUCCCCCAGCUCCCCCAGCCGCACAUCAGGCCCUUCCUCCUGGCCCCGCCCACCCCCAGUCCAGAAGAGCCCCCCCUGGUCAAAGCUGCCCCCCCGGAGGAGCAGGGAGCGGGGCGGGUGGAGCAGGAGGGGAAUCAGAGUCCUGCCUUCACCAGCAGCACCUCCUCUUCCUCCUCCUCCUCUUCCUCCUCCACGUCGUUGCUGUCGCUGCAGGAGAACAAGGACAGAGGUCAGAAGAGGGUGAACGACUGCGAGUCCAGUCCGUCCACCAAGAAACACAAGCGGAACCAGAAACGGCAGAGUACACCGGCCAAGGUGGACAAGAACGGAGCAGGUCACAGCAGCGACAGCGAGGACCAGUCUCGUCUCUCGUCGUCGUCCAAGCCUCACAAGUCGCGUUGUGCUGCUCUAUUGUCUCCGGCUGCCCACAAGGACAAGCAGAGCCUCCCCUCCCCCCAGCGCUCCUACAAGUGGACCCUCCAGCUCGAUGAGCUGGACAGCAUGUCAAGCACAGACAGAAUCUCCUUCCUCCAGGACAAGCUGCAGGAGAUCAGGAAGUACUACAUGAGCCUCAAGUCGGAGGUGGCCUCCAUCGACAGACGCAGGAAGAGACUAAAGAAGAAGGAGAGAGAAGUGUCCAACACAACGCCGUCGACCUCGUCGGGCUCCUCCGACACAGGGAUGAGUCCGUCCUCGGCCUCGCCGGCCCAGAACAGUGUGGUGGUGGAGUGCAGGUGAUGACACGCCCACACGGAGCCCCGGCAGCCCCGCCCCCCCAGACUCCGCCCCCUCCUUCAGCUCCGAGGAACAUCAGAGAAGAUCUCCGGUACCGACCCGCGCCGGAGCCGACGGGACGAGGAGGCAGCGCCCCUCACCUGUGGACUGACUUCCUGUUUCAGGAAAACGCCCGAGACGAGUCCGGUCGCCCUCUGUCCAGCCGUGCAGAGCCCUCCUGUCCUCCUGUCCUCCUCUCUUUCUGUCCUCCUCCAGCGUCCCUCCAGGGUGUCUGAUUUCAGAAUAAGAGCGUUCAGGUGUUUCGUUGGUCGGUACGUUUUCUGAACACUGAAACACAGGAAACAUCCCAGAAGGAACCCAGAAAAGCCCCCCGACCCCAAAAAAAGAAAAAAAAGAUGGGAGAAAGCAUCCAGACUUCCUGACGUGUUUUUGGUCGUUGGUUCGUAAAAAGCGUUUAUUUCAUUUGAGUUGUGACUGAGCGAGAAGCCGACAUUUCUUCAUGAAAUAGGAAAUAGUUUUAGUUUUGAAUAUUUAAAGGGAAGCUUCUGCUGCUCCGGUUCACGAGCAGAGCUGUUCAUUCACGAUCUGCAGAACAGAAGACAACACGGGCGGGGCGGAGCGAGACACUCGGUCCAGUUAAUCCACUCCAGAGAUCAGAUUUAAAACGAGUGUAAAGGACUUGGACGGAGUAAAUGAGGUUACAUUUGUUUUUCUUUUAUAAACUUCUAAUUUUAUGGAAGAUUAUCAAAAUCUGACAUUUGUAAAUGUGAGACAGAUUAAAUUCUUGACGUUUCAUCGAUUUAAUACGGUUUUGACAUAAGUGUGAUUCAUAAAAUUUGGUAUUGAUUUAAUUAAAACUUGUUUAAAACAGGC